UCUGGAGUAACGGUACUGCUUUAGUUAAUUAAGUAUGCGUCCUGCGCUAUAUGUUGGACUGUAUCUACUCUUUGUUCUUUCAUUUAAGUCAGAGGGAGCUUCUAUUAUCAGUUUGACGUUGAACAAGCAGCCUACAAACCUUACAGUCAACGAAGGGGUUAAUGUCACUCUGAGAUGCGAAGUUGACGGUUAUCCACUCCCUGGCAUCAAACUGUUGACAAACUCAAAAGUUCUGAAUGAAGAGAAAUAUUCUACAGUGGCUGAGUAUACGUUGACUGCGGCUGGAUGUCUGGAUACUGGGCAGUACACGUGCAACGCAAAUAAUAGCAUCUCGUCAUGUGACAAAACUGUGGUGCUCGAUGUCAUCUGUUCACCACGAUUAGACGGUCGAGUACAGUUCAUCAAGACAUAUUCUGCGGCGGUAAAUAGUACAGUUACUAUGGAAAUGUCGGUGAUUGCCAAUCCAAAAGUACGUUCAUUCAAGUGGUAUAAACUAACAGAUGGCAAACAUAAGAUAUUUCAAGCUAGGAGUUCCGUACAUGCUGCAUCAGACGUGUCAUAUGAAGGAAAGCUCACCUUAAUUGGAAUCCAGAAGGAAGACUUUGGAAUCUACCAGGUCGUUGUCUCUAACAGUGUAACAAGGGAUCUAGUAGAGAACAUAACACUUACACAGGAAAGAGGAGGAAUAACCCAAGAUACGCCCACUGACAAAAACCAAGAGACCGAAACGGAAGAUAGUCAUGUGACAACUAUUGUAGCUGUUGUGAUCGGAGUAGUUAUUUUACUGUCGCUGUUUAUUGGGGGCGCAAUCGUUUACUACAAGAAGAAACGAGAGAAAAAUGAGGCAUUGAUCACACUCGAUGAAAGGCAUCCAGGCAAACAAACCCAAACACAUCACUGUUCUGUUUUCGACGAUGAGACAGUGCUAAAUGGAGUAUAUAAACAGUGACGAAUAAAUAUAAUAGUUUUGAAAUACAUCCUGGAGACUGUAGCGACUGGAAAACCGUUGAAAGAUGUUCAGUACACUUGUGGACUUUCCAGCAUACCUCACUAAAGGUGUCGAGUAUUCCAGUCUAGUUAAUACAACAAUUCUGUAUACUGUUUGUCUGAAAUUACUAUUGCCUUGAAUACGUCUUGUAAUGUCUUCCUCAGCUCUAUAGGUAUCUCAACAAAUCUAUAUUGCUUAGCUAUAUGUGUUGUUUUGUGUUGUUGGCUUCUUGUGGGGUUUUGUGUGGGGGGUUUUUGUCGUUUUUAUUGUAGGUUUUUUUGUUUGUUUGUUUUUGUUUUUGUUUUGUUGUUGUUUUUGUUUUGAUUUGG